AUGGAGUUUGAUAGUAAGGAAGAGGCAUAUGAUUUUUACAAUGCAUAUAGUGGUCAAAUUGGUUUUAGCAUCCGGAAGCAGUAUGGUAAUAAAGUUAAUGGAAGAAUUACAUCAUGGGCGUUAGUUUGUAGCAAGGAAGGUGUGAAUGGGACUGACAAACGAGAUGUAUUUAGAAAGACUCUCCGGGCUGAAACACAAACCAAUUGCAGUGCACAAAUGGUUCUUAGAUAUGACAAGGUAAAAGCAAAGUACGUAGUUUCUAAAUUUGUAGAAAGUCACAACCAUCCAUUCAUAAUUGUUGAAUGCAGCCCCAUGAUGCCGUCCCAGCGACGAAUUUCCUUAGUCCAUGCCAUUGAUAUUGAGUUGGCUUCGGAUUCAGGAGUUCCGGCUUGUAAUGCAUAUGAGUUGAUGGGAAGGCAAUCUGGUGGCAAAGAAUUAGUUGGGUACUUGAAAGUGGAAAAUUAUCUAAGGAUGCAAAGACAAAAUGAGCUUCUUUAUGGAGAUUCGGCAUGGCUUGUGGAUUAUUUUGAGACGCGUGCUUGUGAAGAUCAUUCCCUCUUCUAUUCGUUGCAACUGGAUACUGAGCAAAUGAUUGUGAACAUAUUCUAG